GAUACAUUUGUGUUUCAGAAGCUCAAGAGGGAAAUCGAGACUGAGAGACAUGGCGGUUCGAUCUAGAUGGAUUAAAAUGUCUGUGUCUUUUAUACUCAUGGUGCAGUUUACAGGAGCACUAAGUGGAGAUCUUUUGCUCUCCUUCACUGUCAGAGAUGGAGAUAAAGUCACUUUGCCUUGUGAAAACGUGAUCAACAAUCAUCACAGCUGUGACACUACCACCUGGCUCUUCACUGAUUCAAGAGGCACAGCAGCAGUAGAGCUGGUUAAUCAUGGACAGAUCAAAGAAAAAGCCAAAUCAGACAGACUGAGUGUUACAGCAGAAUGCUCACUGGUUAUAAAGAAGGUCACAGCUGAGGAUGUUGGUCAUUACACCUGCAGACAGUUUAGAGGCAAUCCAGGGAGACAGCAAGGUCAAGAUGCUGUGGUUUAUCUGUCUGUUGUUCACAUGACUGAACAGAAGAACGCUGAUGCGGUGACUUUAAGCUGCUCUGUGUGGACAUAUGAACGGUGUAAACACAAAGUGAAGUGGAUCCAUAACAGUGAAGCUCUGGAUAGAGAUUACUCAAAUUUAAAACCAUCGGAGUCUCCCUGCUCUGCUACUGUGACUUUUCUGAAACUUGCAUACACUCACAUAUCGACUUAUGACUUUAACUGUAGCGUAACAACAGAAGAUAACAAAGUGCAGCUUUUUACCUUCAGCACUCAGUCAUCAGGUAAUGAAACAGUAACAGCAAAAUCAUCAACAACAACAUCACCAACAACAAUAUCACCAACAACAACAUCACCAACAACAACAUCACCAACAACAACAUUAUACUCACCUAGUAUCCCAGGUGCAGAUCUAGUGUGGCCGUACAUCCUUGUGGUUAUCAUUUUAGUUGCAGUUUUAAUUGUGGCCGUGAAACUAAUCUGGUUGAAGAGACUCAACGGGAACAAAAUAGAAGCAAAUGGAAACGCUGGCCUGACCUCAAACCCUGCGGUCACUCAGUGUGCACCAGAAACCAGACAGGAAACGGUAGAUCUAGAAGAUGGUGUUUCCUACGCCUCCAUCACCUACACCAACAAGACCCACAAUAAAAACAAAAUUCGGGGUAAAAAUGACAGUGAUGAAGGUGAGACAGUUACCUACGCCACUGUGAAAGCUUCCUCCACAGAUCCCAGCAGCCUCUAUGCUACCAUCAAGUAAACAAAAAGAGAACUUAAACAUCAGAUUGCUGCUUCUGUGAAAAAGCUUCUCAUCUAUGAGAAAUUUUGGUUUCCUCAAUUUAAAAAGAGGAAGCAACAACUCAGCUGUGUGAGUCCCUGUAAAUUGGCAGUAAUUUAUGAAAACAGAUUUUUAAAAAUCGAUAUUAACGUGUAUAAUGAUAUAACCGUUUUGUCUUAUUUCCGUUAAUAUUUAACGGGGAAAUGAAAUGGAAUCAUGGGUUGGGUCAGGGAAAUAAGACUUACUAGAACAGGAUAAAUAAUGUUGCAUGGAGGACAUUUAGGAAUGUAGUGCAGGAGGACAUGCAGAGGAUUGGUGUGACAGGAGAGGAUGCUGGGGAUGGGGCGAGAUGGAGGCAAUUAAAAUAAAAAAAAGAAGAAGUAAAAUGACUGAAUGAAUGAAACUCUGAAAAUCAAAAGGCCGUAUGAAUCAUGUCACCAUGAGGAAGUAAGAAGGAAGUUACAUGCGCACAUGAGUAACGCUGCAAAUAGAUUAGGCCUUUCUGUUAUUUUGGAGACAUUUCCAUGAGACACAGUGAAAUGAGUGGUAUGUCUGUUUCAGCAUGUUGUGAUGCCACCUGCAGGUAAAAUGGCAUAAUUUUUGUGGAUUACUAUUCAUUCUAAAUUUGGUAUUCAUAAGGGGAAUGUUUGUCAUCUGUCCUCAUUAUGCCUAAAAUGAACACAGCAAUAUCAAAUGUCUCAAUUACUGCCUUAGUUGCUUUCUUUGUUGUUGAACAGCCUACAGAAUGCACAUUCACGGGGUCACUUAUGAUAGAUCAUGAAAAUUAGUGACUAUGGUCAGACUGUUUGGAAUUCUGUAGCCCAUUAUUAUUUUAUUCUAUUAUUUCUAUUACUAAAAUUUAAUAUUUAAUAUUAAAAGUCUCAGAAUUAGCUUUUAAAGUAUGUUAGGGCUGCAGCUAUCUAUUAUUCCAUCAAUUAAUCGAGUGAUCGGAUAAGAAAUGCUUUUGUUUUAUUAAUGGCCAAUAAUAAAUAUUCAAAAGAGAGAAAAACAGACAUCUUUCAGAAUAAACUGCUCAUUGGUUUACAUUUUAGAAAAUGUAAUGUUUUAAAGUUUAACUGCAUACAAAGACCCUGCCAACAAAACCCUUUGAUUGUAUUUAUGUGCCAUAUUGAAAUUUAAUUUUUUAAAGAAAACAUUGUAUUAAAUGCAAAACAUAUAUAAAUAAUAUCAAGUAAAUACACUGUCUGCACUGAAGAGUCCUGAGUUUUGGGUCCUAUUUCCCCACAUCCCCACGGUCUGCCAGGGCAGUCCUUGACAUAAACAUAUAUCAGACUAAGUUACGUUAACAGUUCAUCUAAAUAUUUUAAUACAACUUCUGGAGGCUUACUGCUGAUUUUACACAGUGUAAAAUAAAGGGCGAUGGAUGGAGCAGCUACACAGUUCCCUUUGGACGCUAUACACACGUUUUUCACUCUACUUGAGCUCACUGUCUCGGUAACGGCUUUUGUCGGUGUGUAAACAGACUCCAGCUCCACGUUAAACUGUGGCCGCGUCAUCAUUACUGCUGCUGGUGUGUUGUCAGUGUUUCUGUUUAACACUCGUUUUAUUUACAUGCUCCUGAAUACGUUUGUAUUGCAACUGUGAGUUUAACGCCCACGUCUACAUCUUUAACACACCGGCACACAUAGCCGUGCAUUACAGGAAGCAUCAAAGCAAAGAAUUUUUCCACAAUGUUUUAUAAUCAACUUAUUCGAAUUAGUCGAUAAAUCCGUGCACCCUGAAGUUUGCUGCUGUGUGGUAUUUUUAUUUUAGAAUCAGUGAUUGACAUUGUUAAUUUUAUUUUACUUUUUUCCUUAGAAGUUUGCAUCUUUUAUGUUUCAGUAUUUGUGUUUGUUUUUUUGAGUGUUUAUGCAUGUACAGUGUGAUCUCAUGAUUUUUGUUUUUCAAUACGUUUUUUUUUUUUAUAAAAUGUUUAAAAAAUGUAACUGUCAAGUAUAUGAA